UCUCUUUUCUAGCCGGCGCCUGAGAAUGGGUAUCUCUAGGGACAACUGGCAUAAACGCCGCAAGACCGGCGGCAAAAGGAAGCCCUACCACAAGAAGAGGAAGUAUGAACUGGGUCGUCCACCUGCAAACACAAAGAUCGGACCUCGCCGUAUUCACACGGUAAGGACCCGCGGUGGCAACAAGAAGUACCGUGCUCUGAGGGUCGACGUGGGUAACUUCUCAUGGGGCUCUGAGUGCUGUACUCGUAAGACCAGGCUAAUUGAUGUGGUGUACAAUGCCUCUAACAACGAGUUGGUGAGAACCAAGACCUUGGUGAAGAACUGCAUCGUUCUCGUCGACAGCCUGCCUUACAGGCAGUGGUAUGAGGCCCACUUCGCCACUCCUCUGGGACGCAAGAAGGGAGCCAAGCUGACUCCCGAGGAGGAAGAGGUGAUCAACAAGAAGAGGUCGAAGAAGAUCCAGAAGAAGUUCGACGAGCGUAAGAAGAACUGCAAGAUCAGCCCUCUCCUGGAAGAACAGUUCAUGCAAGGGAAACUCCUCGCCUGCAUUGCCUCCAAGCCCGGCCAGUGCGGCAGGGUGGAUGGCUACAUUUUGGAGGGCAAGGAGCUGGAGUUCUACCUGAGGAAGAUCAAAGCCAAGAAGGGCAAAUAAAUCAGCUGUUUGAUACCAUGUCAAUAAAAACACAAGUCCCUC